AUGGAUGGUAAGGACCCCCUCUGGUAUUCACAUUACAUUUCUGAUUUAGACCACCAUGACCUGUUUGCACUGCAAUCCAACCUGGGGGUAGGCCCGACAUAUGAGUUUCGCCUUCCCACAACAGACGAACAUCCUUCUUCUCCCCCUGAAGGGUUUAUAACUGUCUUUAAGGAUCAGGUCGUAGGUGGUCUUCGCUUCCCGCUACAUCUUUUUCUCUCCGAGUUGAGUCAGUAUUGCAGGAUUGGUAUCUCUCAGUUUGCCCCCAAUGUAUUCCGCGCAGUUUGCGGAACCAUCAUCUUGUGCCGCAUUUAUCGAAUCCCCUUGACUGCUAGACUGUUCCAUCACUUCUACUCCUUCCGGCGAGCGGAGGCGGGGGUAUUCAACGUUCAGGCCAAGCCGGGCCUUAAGUUUUUUGAUGACCUCCCUUCUUCCAACAAAGGCUGGAGGUCUCGCUUUUUCUUCCUUAAACCCCCUGCCCCCUUAGCCGGACCUUCCCAAUGGCGUGCUCUCCUCGCUUCGGACUUCCCUUCGCAUGUCCACGAACCUGCCUGCUCCGCAGCUGCGGACAAGCUAAGAGGUGUUGUUGUUCGCCUGUCUGUGCUGAUGCUGGAAGGCAUUCUGCACGCUUUUGGUCUUAGUCCUGUCUCCACAGAAAUUGGGGCUCCUUUUGUGGCUGCAAUCCUCCGUUCCUUUGCUAGCAAAGAGACACCUGCGGUGACCGUUCUGCAAGCUCUGAACGAGGAGCUGACGCAAGGUCUACCUUCUGAUCCAGCCGUCGCUUCCGGCUCGCCGCUUUCAGAACCCCGGGCUUCUGAUGCGGAGGACGCCCCGCUACUUAUUGAGCCACCAGCUCUCAGCCUUGCAGACUCAGCCCUACCCCGCAUCGCUGAUCAACCUGCGGCCGAGCCAUCGCCCGCAGAGCCAGUGUCUUCUCUCCCGCCAACUAUGAAGCUGCGCCUUACGCGCAAGGGCAAGAGAACAGCCCCAGCCACCGCAACUUCUCCUCCACCUUCUCGCCGCCAGCAGUAUGUUCCCUGCCCCGCCUUCAUCCUCUGGCGACCAGCUCCUGGGCCUACCGAUGCCCUCCGCGUCUCCUCUAAUGGCGCCUUCGAGCCCAGCCAUGCCGCUUCCGAACCUGCCCUCUACAGACCCAGCCUUUGA